CCAGCUGGACAUGCUGCUGCUGUUGCUGCUGCUCUGGGGCGUGAAGGGGGUAGAGGGUGGAGAUGACGCCCUGAAGGGUUACACUCUGAGUGUGAAAAGGAAGAUAGUGGUGCAAGAAGGCCUGUGUGUCCUGAUACCCUGUAAGUUCUCCUACCCCAAGGAGAAAUGGACUGACUCAGACCCCAUUCAUGGAUACUGGUUCUGGGAUGGAGGAAACAGAGAGCUUGAUUCUCCAGUGGCCACAAAUAACCCACAGCGGCCAGUACUGAAGGAGACCCAGGGCCGAUUCUCCCUGCUGGGACACCCAGGGAGGAAUGACUGCUCCCUGGACAUCAGAGAGACCAGGAAGGAGGAUGUCGGGUCUUACUUCUUUCGCCUGGAGAGAGGACAACUGAAGUUAAAUUAUCUCUUGAACAAGAUGACUCUGCAUGUGACAGCCCUCACUGAAACCCCCCGCAUCCUUAUCCCGAAGACCCUGGAGGCGGGCCGUCCCAGCAACCUGACCUGCUCUGCGCCUUGGGCCUGUGGGUCCCCCACCUUCUCCUGGACUGGUGCCUCUGUGUCAGUCUUGAGCACCAACACCACUGGUUCCUCAGUGCUGACUGUCAUCCCCCAGCCCUGGGACCAUGGCACCGACCUCACUUGUCAGGUGACCCUGCCUGGAUCUGGUGUGACCACAAGAAUGACCAUCUGUCUCAAUGUGUUAUAUGCUCCAAAGAAUGUAACCAUGACUAUCUACAAAGGGGUUGGUUCAGCAAUCACAGCUAUGAGAAAUGGCUCAACACUGACUGUAUUGGAAGGAGAGUUCCUUCGUAUGGUCUGUAUGGUUGAUAGUAACCCUCCUGCCAGUCUGAGCUGGACCCAUGAGAACCUCAUUCUGAGUUCCAUGCAGUCCCCAAUUCCUGGGUUGAUAGAGCUACCUCAAAUGCACCUGGGAUAUGAAGGAAAAUUCACCUGCUCUGCACAGAAUGCCCUCGGAUCUCAGCACAUUUCUCUGAGCCUGUUCUUAAAGCGGAAAUCAGGGCUGAUGGCAGAGGUGGUGCUGGUGGCUGUGGUAGAGGCAGCUGUUAAAGUUCUGCUUCUUGGGCUGUGCCUCAUAAUCCUCAGGAAGAAGAUAAGGGCAGCAGUGCACAGGGACUCUGCAGACAUGGCUGCCAGUUCGUGUCUCGGAGAUUGUGCUUAUUUAUAGCGGACAGCGUGAUCUCUGAAGUAUAUGUCCACUGUAAGAAGACUCGCCUCACUCACACCCUCAUUCACAAACAUCUUGGCACCGCCGUGCUCUUGUGGAGACUGGCUGCUUUCUGCUCCUGUUUGCCGCUCUUUGCUUUGUCAUCAGAGCAUUUGAAAUGUAGACUGCGCAGUUCUGGAAUAUGCAGCUCCAGUGUGAUCAUCUACGGAGUGGCUGAUUCCCAGCAUCUUCCUCUGCUCGCAGAGGAUCACUCGCACUUUCGCCAAACUGCAACUCUUGCCGUCAGACUCUGGCGCCAGCCACUCUGUGCCUACUAUAGUCCUUCCUGUGAACUGGAACCUUUCAGAUUGCACAUAAACCGUCACAACGUGGCAACCAUCAUUCUAGAUCUGUCUUGUGUGACAUCCUCUAAGUUCACCUGUUUUUGCAAAUGGUGGGAUUGUCUGUUUUUUAAUAGUAACAAUAAUUCAUUACUAUUAUAACAUAAAUUAUAGAUAAUAAUAAUUAUUCCUCAUCCCCCUUCUCCUUCCCCUUCCUCUCCUCCUACUCUUCUUUCCUCCUCCCCUUCUUUUUCCUCCCCUUUUCUCCAUCCAUUACCCCAUCUUUUCCAACGC